AUGGUGGGCGAGGGGGCGGGCCGCGGCGCGCGCUGCAACGUGGGCGACUCGCCCCCGCGCGCGCCCAUGGGCUUCGCGGCGCCAGCGCACGAUGCGCCGCUCGACCGCGGCCUGGCGCCGGCGCCCGCGCCCGCGCUCUCCAACGCCGCGCUGCAGCGCGCGCACUCCAGAUCGAUGUCGUCACUGCCGCCGGAGCCGUUCAUGAUGCUCCGCGCGAAGGCGCUGAGCAAACGGGUGAUAAUCAACGUGGGGGGCGUGAGGCAUGAGGUGAUGUGGAGCACCCUGGAGCGGCUGCCACACACGAGGCUCGGCCGUCUCCGCGACUGCAACACGCACGAGGCGAUAAUCGAGCUUUGCAACGACUACUCGUUACAGGAUAACGAGUAUUUUUUUGAUAGACAUCCGAAGAGUUUCAGCUCAAUUCUAAACUUCUAUCGGACUGGAAAGUUGCAUUUAGUUGAUGAAAUGUGCGUGUUGGCGUUCAGUGACGAUCUCGAGUAUUGGGGCGUCGAUGAGCUCUAUUUGGAGUCAUGCUGUCAGCACAAAUAUCAUCAGCGGAAGGAACACGUGCAUGAAGAAAUGCGCAAAGAAGCGGAAAGCCUAAGACAGCGCGAGGAGGAGGAAUUCGGGCAGGGCACUUGCGCCCAGUACCAGAAGUGGCUGUGGGAUUUGCUAGAGAAACCCACCACGAGUAUCGCCGCCAGGGUGAUCGCGGUGAUAUCGAUCCUCUUCAUCGUGCUGUCCACCAUAGGGCUAACUCUCAACACGAUACCCCAGAUGCAAGUUUACGACGAGAAGGGCGCGCCCAUGGACAAUCCGCAGCUGGCCAUGGUCGAGGCCGUGUGCAUCACGUGGUUCACACUCGAAUACGUGCUCCGAUUCAGUGCCUCGCCGGACAAAUGGAAGUUCUUCAAGGGCGGACUAAACGUGAUAGAUUUGCUGGCGAUCUUGCCAUAUUUCGUGUCGCUUUUCCUCCUCGAAACGAACAAAAACGCGACGGAUCAGUUUCAAGAUGUGCGUCGUGUUGUACAAAUCUUCCGUAUCAUGCGAAUAUUGCGCAUUCUAAAACUAGCCCGACACUCGACCGGGCUGCAGUCGCUCGGCUUCACACUCAGAAACUCUUAUAAGGAGCUCGGGUUGCUCAUGCUGUUCCUCGCGAUGGGUGUGCUAAUAUUCUCCUCGCUCGCAUAUUUCGCCGAGAAGGAAGAGCCGGGGACUAAAUUCAUUUCCAUUCCGGAAACGUUCUGGUGGGCCGGCAUCACCAUGACCACAGUCGGAUACGGUGACAUUUACCCCACGACCCCGUUGGGCAAGGUCAUCGGCUCAGUUUGCUGUAUUUGCGGCGUGUUGGUAAUUGCGUUACCCAUCCCCAUUAUCGUCAACAAUUUCGCCGAGUUUUACAAGAACCAGAUGCGGCGCGAGAAGGCGCUCAAGCGGAGGGAGGCGCUCGAGCGCGCGAAGCGCGAGGGCUCCAUUGUGUCCUUCCACCACAUAAACUUGCGCGACGCUUUCGCCAAGAGCAUGGACCUCAUCGACGUCAUCGUGGACACAGGACACAACUUGUCGCAGGCGGACGCCACUAGCCUGGAAGGCGAGGCUCCAGCCACCACUGGCUGUUACAGACAGUACGAGCACGCCAUCUCAAAUAAGACGCCGCAGGGUACUGACGCCAACCAGUUUCAGAGCAGCCCAAAAAAGGACCGCAGAUACUCCGCCGAGGGCCUGGGCACGCCGGAGAAACGCCUGCUCAUUAAUCCAGAACCUACGCCAGAAAAGAAGAUGGCUGACAAACAACUAGACUUGGAUCAGCUGCCUUCUGAGUUUGAAUGUUGUUUUUGCACGUUCAAGGGCUACAAGGAAUUCAUAGACGCAGAGCAACUGAUGCCCAUGUCCACUUCCGACCUAAGACAGCCAGUGUGCGUGGAGCUGGCGUGCCUGCAGAGACACCCCGCGCCACGGGCGCUGCCCGAAGCCACUCCCAAUAGUCUUGACAGCCCGGAUACAUUUGCAUCAUGCCUUACGCACCCUUUUCCUUCAGAGGGCGACAUCGCCUGCGAGAACGACUCCUCAAACUUAUAUGUGAAUCCAUUGGAUGGUAGCGGCGGGGGCGGCACGGGGGGGAACGGGGGAGAGGGAUCGGUGGAGUUUAAUGGAGUGCGCAAAAGCGCGUCUGGGGAUGGAAGCGUGUUGUGUGCGAAAGGUUCGCAGGGCGAGGGGUCGCCGCGAAGCUCUCGGGGCAGCUUGGCUGGUGUGGGGGCCCCCGUGGCCCCCAGAAACCUCGACGCCUCGCGCACCAGUCUGCCACAGCCUCUAGAGGAAGCGGCACCCAUCGGCCUGCCAGGACCAGACGACUCCAAGCCCAAACAUAGAAAAGCGCGCUUCCAGCAGGAGUGGUCGGAGGAGGAGAGGAGACCACCGAGGGGAAUUGCCACGAGGAUCAUCAAUCAUCACAUCCUGUUUGGUAAGAACGGCAGUAAGCGCGGGGGCGGGGGGUGGCCGCUUGAAGGAGACUCAAGAUCUAGAUCCAUCCUCAAGAACAAGGAGUCGCGUGGUACUGAUAGCGAGCUCUUGCUACAAGACACCAUCUCCCUAGGAGCUAAUGGCGACUCGGGCAGCGAGUCUUCGCCUAUCCGAUUAAAGGACUUCAAGAGUCAAAACCACAAGGCCAGCCUAACGGAGAGAAGUAAUUUGGUGACG